GAAAAACUAAAAUCAGAAAUCCUAACUCGUUGCGAGUCGCGACGUAGCCGCAAAGCUCCAAGCUAAAGUCGCUGCCUCGCCGGACCACGGACCAGACUCCAUUACUCCAAGCUCGUUGUCAACUUCGCCUACUGCAGGACCAGUUACCCGCUCACGGCUAGACCAUUCACUCGCUCACCGCCGGAUUUCUCUGACAAAAGCAAAGUCCACCGAAGUAAGGUAAACUCAAUGGCAGAUUCAUCAGAAGGAGAGGAAGAAGGGAAGCUGACAGGAGGUAGCCAACAGCUUUUGGUUGAUGAUGACCUCUGUGAGAUGGCUAAGAAGGCUGCUUGGAGUGUCAGCUCUUGCAAAGCUGGAAAUGGCAUUACUUCCCUUCGAGAUGAUAACCUUGAUACAUACUGGCAAUCUGAUGGUGCACAACCUCAUCUGGUAAAUAUACAGUUCCAGAAGAAAGUAAAGCUCCAAUUAGUAGUUUUAUAUGUUGAUUUCAAGCUUGAUGAGAGCUACACCCCUAGUAAGAUUUCAAUUCGUGCCGGUGAUGGUUUCCACAACUUGAAGGAGAUAAAAUCAGUGGAACUUGUCAAGCCAACCGGAUGGGUGUAUAUAUCAUUGUCUGGGAAUGAUCCUCGUGAAACCUUUGUCAACACUUUCAUGUUGCAAGUGACAAUUUUGUCAAAUCAUCUGAAUGGGAGGGACACUCAUAUCCGCCAGAUUAAAGUCUAUGGACCUAGGCCGAAUCCCAUUCCACUUCAACCAUUCCAGUUCACCUCAACAGAGUUCAUUACCUACUCUAUUGUGAGGUAAAACUCAGAAGAACAUCAACAUGUUUCAAUGUAACAAAACAACUGCAAGCAUUUAUUCAAGGUUGUUGAGGAUGGAGGUGUUUAGAAAGUGCAAAAAAAAAAAAAGUGUAUCAUGGACCAAUGCAAUGCUUGCUGAUUGAAAAUGGACAGUUUUAGUCCAUCAAGUAAUUAAAAAUGUUGGAUAAUGUUGACUUGUAAGUUUUUUCUUUGAAUGAAAAUCAGA